AUGUCUCAAGCUGAGACCCGAGAGAGAGCUAACAAGGCAGCCCUCAGCUUCCACGUCACAGUGGAAAUGAUGUCCCAGCACGCCAGAUGUGAGGUUCAUGUCGGGGGCAUCUCAGGCUCAAGACAUCCGGUGACCUUCAGAACUUAUCGAUUCUCCACAACAAUGCCCUCCAAGCUCGAGUUGAUCCAUCUUGAUUACGAGAUAUGGCUUCUUCGAGUGCCAGCAAAGACUUCAAACCCAGCCGCCAAAGUUGUUCCUCAUUGGGCCCUUGUUUUCCCGGAGCGCGACAUUCCAAGCCUGACGGAGGACCUGCCGGAAAGCGAUUUCGGAAGAUUUCAAGAGAUCAUCUUCAGUCAUCUGGGAAAGACGAGGGAUGAUAUCCCACUUGAACCUGUGCUACGAGAGCUCGAGAGAGCUCGACGCGGAAAGGAAACUCAACUGGCGAGGCAUCAUCAAGCACGUCGAUCCAGGGUCAAAGGUGGAAUCGUUCAAUCUUCAAGCGGACUAUGGCAGAUUUAG